GUUCGAAACUCACUCUGCCUCAAGGAGGCCUUCGCGGCCGGGGAAACAAACUAUUCUGAACCGCUGCGUCCAUGUGCAAUGCUGACCACACCUCGUGCAGUAAUACCUAUUCUCGUCCGCGCAGACUUCGGGAUGCUUCGCCAUCAUAGAUGUUCGCACGAGCACCAUUAGAACACCAGGUAUUCUACGAGCCCGGCCGCAGGCGUGACGCGCUGUACGCGCAUAGCCUCGUCUCUCGGACAACAUAUAAGGCCCCGUAAUUCUCCGUCCAACUCAGUGUUCGUCGCUUGUCGCCCGAACACUACAUAUCGACCUGCCAUUUGCCCUCCGCGCUCCUCCGCAGAAGACAGUAGCGACACGCCAUGGCACUCGGUUCGACCCUCCUCGUUGCGGCCUUCCUCGCUCUCGCGGUCGCCGCGAACCCAGUGAGGGUUGAUAAGCCGGUCGUCUCUCUGCCAAUGAUUCGCCGCACCAAUAGUAGCAGGUUUGACAACCUACUGGCGAAAGAUCAGGCGAGGGCACGCCACCUCAAGGACCGCGCCCAAGGGAAGCUCGCGGGCCGCGCCGCGAGCGUUGACGCAACGAAUCUCGUUGACACUUACGUUGUUAGCGUUGGUGUUGGUGACCCUGCAACCUAUUAUUCCCUCCUGGUCGACACUGGCUCCUCCAACACCUGGCUCGGUGCUAACAAGUCAUAUGUCAAGACAUCUACCAGCUCUGACACGGGCGAGACUGUGUCUGUCACCUACGGUUCAGGCGAUUUCUCAGGCGAAGAGUACACCGACACCGUCACGCUCGGGGAUGGAUUGACCAUCACACAGCAGUCCAUUGGUGUCGCCUCCUCCUCCUCCGGCUUCGACGGCGUCGAUGGCAUCCUUGGUGUCGGCCCCACCGAUCUGACCGAGGGUACCCUCGGUGAUUCCGACGCCACUAUCCCCACUGUCACGGACAACCUGUACUCGCAGGGCACAAUCUCCACAGAGGUCCUCGCGGUGUCCUUCGAGCCGACCACCUCUGAUAGUGUUACUAACGGCGAGCUCACUUUCGGCGGCACCGACUCCUCCAAGUACACUGGCUCGAUCACCUACGUUUCGCUUACGUCCACCUCCCCCGCAAGCGAGUACUGGGGUAUCGACGAGUCCAUCAGCUACGGAUCCGAGUCGAUCUUGAGCUCCACCGCGGGUAUCGUUGACACUGGCACCACUCUCGUAUUGAUCGCUACUGGUAAGCGAUCCGCAGCCCCGUCGAAUAGGAGAAUCCAGAAUUGAGACCGCGUGGACUACAGAUGCGUACAACAAGUACGUGUCCGCUACGGGCGCGACCGAAGACGAGAGCACUGGUCUCCUGCGCAUCUCGAGUUCGCAGUACAGCAACCUCGAGACCCUCAGCUUCGAUAUCGGCGGUACGACCUUUGGCCUGACCGCAAACGCGCAGAUUUGGCCACGCUCGCUGAAUACCGCGAUUGGUGGGAGUGCG